AUGGACCUUGCCGGUGAUGACAAUGAUAUAUUAGACUCCAUAUUGCUAGCUGAUCGUUCCGGAGUGAAGACAUGUGAGGCAUUGGCCGCGGCAUUACGGCGUUUGUUCACUGGUUCUGUGUUGGAGAGUUCGGUUGUGGAUAUGCACCCGUUCCCGGCCCCAUUUGUUUCAGAGCAGCUUGCUUCAGUUCCGGGUGCGAUGAAGACGCGGAAGCGCAAGAAAUGUCCGGGCAAGGUGGUUUUCGAUGUGUUGGAGGGACUGAACGCCCGUGUGCCGGAUGUCCCACUCAAAACCGUUGCGCGGGCAGUCGCCUUCGCCGCAAGCCGUCUCGCACGACGUACACAUGCCCGAGACGACCGCAACUUCGUCCUAGAACUGCACCAUCUGCAACGAGCCCUACUCGCCCUCCAUCACAGCGUCUUCUGGGUCGCAAACACUCUCGAACGCAACAACCAACCCGGGGCCAGACAACGACGUAUGAACCGCGCAGAGUUCGAAAGACGCACAGACCUAACCCUCGCACGUAUCGUCGCCCCUCCAGAGGAAGACCGAAGACCUGGAGAGGUACCGCCCGGAGAGAUAGCACCUGGAGCUGGAGAGGUAGCACCUGGAGCUGGAGAGGUAGCACCUGGAGCUGGAGAGGUAGCACCUGGAGCUGGAGAGGUAGCACCUGGAGCUCGAGAGGGAGGACCAGAUCCCCCGUCUCCAGGUCCUCCUUCUCCAGGAGAGACGGAACCUCGAGAGGGAGAAGAACUCCGAGCGGGAAACCCCACCGCGAUCCCGGUCGAGUCCGCACCGUUCGAACAACUGGAGGCGGGCGGUGGCGACGAGGAGAUGACAGAGGAAGAGGGCGAGUCGGGAGCGGCUGGAGAAAGCGAAGUGUCCAGUCGCGAGGUCGGGGACCCCUCGGACGAUGCGAUGGUGCAUGACCUACUCAUGGGUUUGUCGCAAGCGGUGGGUGGGGCUCCUAGUAAAGUGGAGUCGCCCAGCAAGGUGGAGCCGGCUGGUAAGGUAGAGCCGGCCCGGAGCGUGGAGUAUGAUAAACAUGGGUUGCGGUGUUGCCGGAUACUAUCUUGUUUAGUGCAUUGUAUGAUCGGCAUUGUUAACACACUGGCUGCGUUCCAUGCCGAUGGAAACGAACCUACUGACAUAGCCCUGAUUGCCCUGAGGACCCUGAUUGACACGUGGGAGGUGGCCGAAAAGUGUGUGCCCGGUGGACUCCUGUACACCAUCGAGCUUCAACGUCUCGCUAACGAGAGAAAGACCUUUGAGAAAAAGACCGCGGACAAGGGGGCUGGAAAAGCGGCGGAGAAGGGAAAGGUGGCGGUCCAACAGGGCAUGGCUAAGGGCGUGGUCGAGCCCAAGGGCACGGCCGAGCCCAAAUUAAUUCAGGCGUGCAGCUUGAACCCUCUCGCGGACUUUUGGUGGCUGCGAUGCGGGUUCAGUAAACCCUCCAGUAUCGUGCCUGUGGCAGACACCACGUACAAUGGGCCAUUUGUCCCGGCAGGUGGUAGCGCGGUUGACGCUGUGGAAACUCAGUUCGCCAACACGUCCUCGACCCUGACCGACCUGGGCUUCAAGCCGGCUCUGUAUCUGUCUUUCGUCAAGCACUUCCUUGACGACUUGGUUUUACCGACUGGCGUCUCGCCAGGAAACCCGUCUGGCGGCUCGUCAGGGUCCUUGCCAGCGGGGCAGGGGGCAAUGGGACAGAGGGCACUGGGACAGAGGGCAAUGGAGUAUGACGUGGAUAAGAUAUUGCGAAGCGAUCGAAUCCUCCAGCUGAUAAAAUACAGCAUUAAUGUAGUGUUGGCUAUGAGGCUGCCCCAGCUUGACGAGAGCUGGCUGAUCCGAUGUACCGACCAUGGUCGCUGGGAUCUGAAGUAUCUAUGCGUCAUUUUGUUGAACAGGUGCUUCAAGUUCGACCGCUGGUCUCUGGACGCCCAGCGGAAGCUAGAGAUGCCAACUCAAGGUUUAAUUUGGGACAGGUCGGCAUAUGUUAGAGAUGCCGUGGCCAAAACGUUGAUCACGUUGUCCUAUCAGUUGCCGUACAAGGACGGCGCCUUCAAGCGGUUCGCGCCGCUGCUGCACAGUCCGUGGCGGCCGUUCCGAGAGUCGGGCGUUGCGCUUAUCAGCAAGUGUCGUGCCAUAAAUCUGGUCGCUCUUUCUCAAGCCAUCCGUAUCCUCAUUUCCAACGCAAUUGCUAAAGUGCCUCCCAGCGGCGAAGGCCCAGCUCUUCGAACAAGUUCGCCCUCAGGAAGGUCGACUAGAAGUCCCUUCAAAUCGACGACCAGACCACAGGUACAUAAUGCGUCAGCACCGAAUGGGUCAGGACCUAAUGGGCCAGCAUCUAGCGGGUCUGACACCGUCAUCUACACAAGCUUGGAGUCGUGGAUGGAGGCCGCCAGUGACAUCGCCGUUACAAACCGCCAUUUGACGAGUGAAUGCAGAACUGCGGUGACCGAGUUCUGGUCAAGGAGUUUCGAGAAGGGUCCCAAGGGUCCUGCAUUUUUGGUGUUUUGUGCGUUCGCGCUCUCGGUAUUCGAAAGGCAAUUCGAUGAAAUGCUACCGACCAUACCUAUACCAAUUUUGGAGAAGUACGACUUGCUCCAGAACCUGUUUCCUAGACGAUUUACCAAGACUCUGAUCGUACUACCGCCUACCGAAAAACCCAGGAGCGUGAAGUUGGCUUUCAGCCCACGAGGCGAGCCUAUCCAGCCUGUCGGUCCACAGACACUUGGUCCAGAGACACUUGGUCCAGAGACACUUGGUCCAGAGACACUUGGUCCAGAGACACUUGGUCCAGAGGACUCGUGUGACCCCGAGUCAUUAGUGCCCGAAUCGCUCGGCCAAGAGACACUUGGUCAAGAAACGCUUGGUCAGGACGCUACUGACGGCUUGGUUCAAAACUUCUUGAAAGACAAUUUCGGUAUCGACGCAAGACCAGCGGGAAUCGGACAAGCGGGAGGUGAAUCGGCGGUGCAGCCGGGAGAGGAUGAACCCAUGUUCGGAGAAGAAGUGAAUUCUGCAGACGAGGCCGAGAACCCACCGUCAGAUUCCGACCAGCUGCUUUUGUCCGAGACAGACCGGGCGCCGUGUUCGUCUCAGCCGGACUCAUCCAACCCAAAUUCGGUUGUGACUCCCGGCGCUGCUACCCCGGCUUCGAUCGAUAUUUCUGAUAGUGAAGAAGGAAGCGAGCAGCAGGAGAUGUCAGCGGAGCGACAGCCGAUUGGAAAACUGUAUACACCUGGACCCCUUCCGGUCUGCCUAUAUGCUCAUUGCCAGAGAGUUGUAAGUCCUGUGCUCCUCUUGCGGUGGCGAAGCCUGGACGACCUACCUGGAGAAAUUGUCAAAGACUACAAAUUGGGGAACCCGGCGUAUGUCGGACUACCUGUCCAAAACAUGACAGAAGCAACGCCCGAAAGCAUACCAUGCCUGGUUAUCUGUGUGAAUAAACGACUCACACCGACGUGUGCGCGGCGACGACCAACCUUUACGACCUCGUUCCUGGAAUCGCAGCUAAAAGAGGCUGCUCCUGAUGUAUGGGCAUUCAUGUUCAAUGCUACAAAUCUUAACUACUUCAAUCUCGUCAUUGAGGGCGCAACACCCGGGAGUGUGCUGGAAGAUAAAAAUUCCAACAUGGUCGCUACAGUUAGUUCACAUUUCAAACAGUCCUUCCACAUGGCAGUACAGCAAACCGGAUGGAACGUACUCAUUCUACGACCGCCAUCAACGGCCGUUUCCCGACGUGGUGCCUAA